AUGACCGAAGAAGACUUAUCAAACCCUGCCCUUGAAGAAGCGAAGGCCCAGCAUCUUGCCACGCUAUCGCUGCAUGUUCUAAAGACGUCAACCACCUAUUCAGCAGAGCUAAUGCGUGCUGCAGAGAAUGCUGUAGGUGGAAACGUUGAUUCCACCCUUCCACUGGUAUGCACGCUUUGUGGCCAUAGCAUUGACUUAGACAGUAUAGAGAUAGUCUCUCCUGGGCCGCGAGUCUCCACUAGGAUUUCCCUAGGACGCAGAAUUACACACAAACAUCCUAGACCAGAUUACGCUUUACUUCACUGCACAGCCUGCGGUAGGUCUGUGCGGUUAGUUCAAGAAAAGGAGAAGUCAGUAUGCAAUCUCGCAAACGGCGCAGCAGCUUUAUUCGCCGCCUCCAGUGGGGCUAGCAGACCUGCUAACAAAUUAAGCUCCAUCCUCACCAAAAAAUCUCGCAAUCCUUCUUCCCAAUGCGCCUCACUGGGAUCUGCAACCAUGAAUCAGUUUGGAUUGUCUAUUACCGAUUUCAUUCACUGA